AAGGUCUGUUGAGGACGGACACGGUGCCUGAGGAAGCAGAAGAUGCCGCGGCCACCAUCAGUGCCACCGAGACGCUGUCUGAGGAGGAGCAAGAAGAGCUGAGAAGGGAACUCGCCAAGGUAGAAGAAGAAAUCCAGACUCUGUCUCAGGUGUUAGCAGCAAAAGAGAAGCAUCUAGCAGAGAUCAAGCGGAAGCUGGGAAUCAACUCACUGCAGGAACUAAAGCAGAACAUUGCCAAAGGGUGGCAAGAUGUGACGGCAACGUCCGCAUACAAGAAGACAUCUGAAACCUUGUCUCAGGCCGGGCAGAAGGCUUCUGCUGCAUUUUCGUCUGUUGGCUCAGUCAUCACCAAAAAGCUGGAAGACGUAAAAAACUCCCCAACCUUCAAAUCCUUUGAAGAGAAAGUUGAAAACUUAAAGUCUAAAGUAGGAGGAACCAAGCCUGCUGGUGGGGAUUUUGGAGAAGUCUUGAAUUCGACUGCAAAUGCUAGUGCCACCUCUGGGGAGCCGGUUCCAGAACAGACACAGGAGGGCCUGUGAGAUUCCUACCUUUGUUCUGCUACCCACUGCCAGAUGCUGCGAGCGAGAUCCAAGCACAUCUUGUCAACAUUCAUCGCCAUGGAUUUCUACCAGAUGUGCUCUUAUUUAGCUUUACAUAUUUCUUUGACCAAAUAGUUUGUGGUUUAAACAAAAUGAGAGUACCUUCACCUGUAUUCCUGGAAAGCAUCCUUUAAUGUACAUUCAGGGCCCUUUACUGAGGAAACGUUUAUGAAAACACUUGUAGUAUGUGAGGACACUCACUAGAAUAAUCUAAGACUGUGCAAGCUAUCUUAGUUGCUUUCCUAUUUUACAAAAAUUGUUCUGGAUGCCAGAUUGAUCUUUGUCUUCUAUGACAUUUUCUUUUUUGAACCUCUGUAUAUUUGAUUCCUAACUAAAAUUGUUUUGAUUUUUCUGAAUCUUGGUUAUUAAAAAUUUUGGUAUUGUUUUCAUCUCCAAGGGAAGAACUACUAGCUGUAAAAAAUAUUUUUGGAUAAACACUGUUUUGGUGUAAAUUAUGUAUCUUGGUAUCUGCUAUCACCAGACUAAACAGCUCUACAUACAAUUUGUUCUAGUUUUGUAAGUGACACUAUGUACAGUAAUUCAAACUACUGGUGACUUGAGAGUGAAACCCCCUACUUCCUUGUUUAUCAACAUUUAUGACAGUAACCAUUUCAAUGUACUGGUUAUUCUACUUACAUCAACUUAUUUUUUAUCACAUUCAAGUUUUAAUUUCAGAGUAAGCUGACAAAAUUCAGUCUGGAUCAAGCAUACUGUAUUAUCAGUAAGUUGAAAUAUGUGUACUGUCAUGGAUGUUCAAUUCAAAAGCCUGAAAGUUGUUUUUUUUUUUUUUAAGCUCUGGUUAGCUAUAGAAAUGCUAAAAUCAGUGCCAUUAGGGACAACAUUGCUGUGUUCAGGUAAUCUAUUUAGCACCCUUUUAACUAAGCACACAAAGUUCUAUGACUAAUAUAACUUGAAAAUUUUGUAUACUGAGCAGUUGGUUUUAAUCCCUGAGGCUGUAGUGCAUUAAUAAAAAUCAACUCAUCAUUUUGUCCUUAUUUGUUUUCUAUGUGUUAGAAAUGAUAAGAUUAUACUGUAGACAUUGCACCUACUUUGCAGAGCGGUCGCCAGGGUUGAAGGGAUCACAGCCUGUGCAUGUAUCUGCACAGAGGCCAAGGUACUCCAGUGACUCACUUUUCCUUACGCUGUGCGUGUAGGGCUAACAAUGUUAUAUUUGUUAUUUAUCAAGUUGUGAUUGUUUGAUUAUUGUUUAUGAAAACGUUAAUUGCCAAUACUGGAGUGACCUAAAGCAUUCUUUUUUUAAAGCAUGACUAGAUUUAUUUCAGGGUAAAUUAUCUUGUGAAAACCAAAUUGGAAAUGCUACAGUGUUGAUUGUCAUGUAAUACCAUGUUAUCAUUUCUGACUGCUGGAACUUUGUUAGCACUUUGGAUGCAUCUUAAACUAUGCUCUCUGACAUGUAAAAAGCUUAAUAAAUUCUGUAUAUCAGUA